GGCACGUGACUUGCUGUGUGGGCGCUGGGGUCGAGGAAGCCGUGAGGCCGGAGCUUAGGUCGGGGAGGGAUGGAGCGCUGAUCCGUUAACGUCUGCCAGGCUGCCUGCCUCCGUACCUGUACCUACCUGCUGCCACUUCCUCGGUUGACACCUGCCUUGGAGUUUCUGGAUUUCAGAAGACAUUCCUAGUAACAAACAUGACUGAGUUCUGGCUUAUAUCAGCUCCUGGGGAGAAAACCUGUCAACAAACAUGGGAAAAACUGCAUGCGGCCACUACAAAGAACAAUAAUCUUGCUGUCACUUCCAAGUUCAACAUUCCUGACUUAAAGGUCGGCACAUUGGAUGUCUUGGUUGGCUUGUCAGAUGAAUUGGCUAAACUGGAUGCAUUUGUAGAAGGAGUCGUGAAGAAGGUGGCCCAAUACAUGGCUGACGUAUUAGAGGAUAGUAAAGAUAAAGUUCAGGAGAAUCUGUUGGCCAAUGGAGUUGACUUGGUUACCUAUAUAACGAGGUUCCAAUGGGAUAUGGCCAAAUAUCCAAUCAAGCAGUCCCUGAAAAAUAUUUCUGAAAUAAUUGCCAAGGGAGUGACUCAGAUUGAUAAUGACCUGAAAUCGCGAGCAUCAGCGUACAAUAACCUGAAAGGAAAUCUUCAGAAUUUGGAGCGAAAGAAUGCAGGAAGUUUGCUAACUAGAAGUCUAGCAGAAAUUGUGAAGAAAGAUGACUUUGUUCUUGAUUCAGAAUAUCUCGUCACAUUACUGGUCGUGGUUCCCAAGUUAAACCACAACGAUUGGAUUAAGCAGUAUGAAACACUAGCCGAAAUGGUAGUUCCAAGGUCUAGCAAUGUUCUGUCAGAGGACCAGGACAGCUACCUUUGUAAUGUCACCUUGUUUCGGAAGGCAGUUGACGACUUCAGACACAAAGCCAGGGAAAACAAAUUCAUUGUUCGUGACUUUCAGUAUAAUGAAGAGGAGAUGAAGGCAGAUAAAGAAGAAAUGAACCGGCUUUCUACUGACAAGAAAAAGCAAUUUGGACCACUUGUGCGGUGGCUGAAAGUGAAUUUCAGUGAAGCAUUUAUUGCGUGGAUUCAUGUGAAAGCACUAAGGGUUUUUGUCGAGUCUGUUUUGAGGUAUGGCUUGCCAGUGAACUUCCAGGCAAUGCUCCUGCAGCCCAAUAAGAAGACGAUGAAGAAACUACGGGAAGUCCUGCACGAGCUGUACAAACAUCUGGACAGUAGUGCAGCAGCAAUCAUUGAUGCUCCAAUGGAUAUUCCAGGCUUAAACCUGAGUCAACAAGAAUACUACCCCUAUGUGUACUACAAGAUUGAUUGCAACCUGCUGGAAUUCAAGUAAAGCCGAGCUCCAGCCUAGCCACCCUGUCCUCGUGCCGGUGUGUGCCCACAGAGCCAGGCUGUGACCAUAGUGCUUGAAUCCUGCCAGCCCUGCUCGCCUCAGCCCCUGCCUAGGUGAACUCUCCUCUAGUGGUCCACAUCUCAAGAGUUUCUUUUCAAAGAAAAAAAAAAUAUAUAUAUAUAUACUGUUUUCUUUUUAUGGAUCAGGUUUGUAAAUGUGUACUGAAAAAAUCAGAGUUUAUUUAUAAGUGCAGGAGUUUAUUUAAAAAGAUCACUGAUAUCAUGGUAUGCAUUAAUUCCAUUUGUUCCUACUGUGCACAGAAGCCUUGUUUACAAGGGAAUGGUGAACAUUUGUACCAUUUUGUUCACAGUGUUAAUAGUUAUUCAAUCGUGAUGUGAAGAAAUGUGACCAUGUUCAGGUAUGUGUUUUCUGAAUGUUUCCAAUUCCAAUCUGUCAGCACUGUUGACACCCACAGGAAAGAAUAAAAUUACCUGUGCAAAGGUGCAUUGUGUGUGUAACUUCAGAAGAUCGCAAGUCAGCCUCAGAACGUCAUCAGUGACGUCACAGCUCCCUUGCUAUGCUGCUUCCAGGGUUGCUGCGUGCCGAAGUGUGACUGGCAUGUGAUCUAUGUGUGCCAAAUUUGGGUCAGAUCACAAAUUUAAAGAUUAUUUUUCAACAUAUGAUGGGUAUUUACAUUUGAACACUGGACUUCUUAGAAGUAGGACUAAUUUUGAAUAAAGUUAGUAAAGCUG